CCUUGGCUGUGGCAAGAACAUAGAUGAGAGGGCAGGAGGGAGGGGGAGAGGGAGGUGCCCUCAGACAGAUCUCUCUCUCUCUGCUUUUUCACAAAAAAACACUCAACUGGGGCUGAAACUGAAACGACUCGUAAAAGGAGUGCAGUCUCUUGCUCUCCUUCUUUCUCACAGUUUCCUGUUUAAGGAGGCCAUUUUGUAACUUAGCCGGGGGAAGAGCACAACAAAGUUUGGCAUUGUUUUUGUCUUUUCUCUCCCACAGUUGGGAGUUUCACAAUCAGCUUUGGACUUUCUCCUAUGCAGAACAACUACUUUGGGCAAGGGAGGUGAAGCAGCAGGAGGGAGGGUGUGUUUCUCCCUCAGUGUAUCUUUCUUUCACACACAUUGCUCAUGCUUGCCAUGCCUGGACAAUAAAAGAAGUGACGACGAGAGAGCGUGACAGAAGUGGCAGACAGGAGGAAAAACGGCCGCUUCCUGGAUAAGGAUUUCUUCCUUGAUCCACUGGGAGGGGGUGGACACAAGAAACAGAGGAACCGGGACUCCGUGCUCAGUGUCCGUGUGUGUGUCCAUGUUUCAGUGUGUACACCACUCUCCCUUCAACUGAGACAGUUUGAAUGAGUGCGGGUUUUCUGAGAACUCUAGACUGCACCUGGGCGUGUGUUGGUGAGCGUGUAUGUUGAGAGCCUCAGGCAGCCAGCAGACAGGACUCUGAAUGGCUAACGCUAGCCCUUGUAUGCCCUCAGGGGCCAUGGCCCAGGUCUUCUUCCCUCCUGGGGGCUCCUCACCACCAGGCUCAGCUGUGAUGCAGCAGACCCCCAUAUCCAUGCCCUCUAUGCCCGCUCAAGGUGGCUUUCCUGUGAUGGACUUGACACCGAUGCAGGGUCCUGGUGGAGCCGUGAUGCCCUCGGUGCCUCCCACUCCAGCAGGGGUGUCCUUCAUCAUCCAGAUUGGCCUGACCAGAGAAUCUGUCCUGAUGCCCCAAACUGCUGACCUGGCCUAUGUGAAACAAAUUGCCUGCUCCAUUGUUGACACCAAGUUUCCAGAGUGUGGCUUCUACGGCAUUUAUGACAAGAUUUUGCUGUUCAAGCAUGACACAUCCACCAACAACAUCCUGCAACUGGUUAAAGCCGCCAGUGACAUUCAGGAGGGAGAUCUGGUGGAGGUGGUGCUCUCUGCGGCAGCCACAUUUGAAGAUUUCCAGAUUCGUCCCCAUGCACUCAAUGUGCACUCAUACCGGGCCCCAGCCUUCUGUGAUCACUGUGGAGAGAUGCUGUUUGGACUGGUCAGACAAGGGCUCAAGUGUGACGGAUGUGGGCUCAACUACCACAAGCGCUGUGCAUUUAGCAUCCCAAACAACUGUAGUGGAGCUCGUAAAAGGCGUCUAUCCACCACCUCCCUGAGCAGCAGCCAGUCCCUGCGUCUCUCCACCACUGAGUCAGUGUACAGUGCAGGGACGGCCUCCACCUGCACAGAGGAUGCUGCUCUCAUCCGCUCACACACACAAAUGCCGCGGACCCCUAGUGACGCCCGGCGCUUCUACACGGGCCGACCAGUUCAUCUGGACAAGAUCCUGAUGAGCAAGGUGAAAGUGCCCCACACGUUCGCUGUCCACUCGUACACACGACCGACGGUGUGCCAGUACUGUAAGAGGCUUCUUCGAGGACUGUUCAGGCAGGGCUUACAGUGCAAAGACUGCAAGUUCAACUGCCAUAAACGCUGUGCAUACAAGGUUCCAAAUGACUGCCUUGGGGAGACAAUUGGAGACAUGUUGAGUCCCAGUGCAGACCCUGAGGUGCCCAUGGACUACACCAGUGAGUACGACAACUCAGACAAGUCUUCAAUAGACGACUCAGACGAGGCCUGCAGCAUCCCUGGGUCCUUUUCGCCAGACAACAACCAGGACGGAACAAGUGGAGAUCAGAAUGUUUACAUCCCGUUAAUGAGGGUGGUACAGUCGGUGAGACAGACAACCCGUCGAUCCAGUACGGCUAUCAAAGAAGGAUGGAUGGUUCACUACAGCAAUAAAGACACACUGAGAAAGAGGCACUACUGGCGUCUGGACUGUAAGUGCAUCAUCCUUUUCCAGAACAACACCUCCAACAAAUACUACAAGGAGAUCCCUCUGUCUGAGAUUCUGGAGGUGCGUCCUGCUGGCAACUUCACUCUUGUCCCCCCAGGCACAAAUCCCCACUGCUUCGAGCUUAUCACAGGCACUAUGUGCUACUUUGUCGGGGAGGACCCCAACACCCUCCCCUCUAUGUCGCCCAACAACCCCAAGACUCUUCCCCAGACCCCUCCCUCACCUAGCCAAGUGGCACCAAAUAGCGGCAUUGGGCGUGAGGUGGCCAAGGCAUGGGAGAGUGCCAUUCGCCAAGCCCUCAUGCCUGUCAUCUUUCAGGAUGCACCGCCAGCUGAGGGGAACACGACUCAUAGACAAGCCUCUAUCAGCAUAUCAGUGUCCAACAGUCAAAUCCAAGAGAACGUGGAUAUUGGUACAGUGUACCAGAUUUUUGCUGAUGAAGUGCUGGGAUCUGGGCAAUUUGGAGUAGUGUAUGGAGGAAAGCACAGGAAGACAGGGAGGGACGUGGCGGUCAAAGUCAUUGACAAGCUUCGCUUUCCCACCAAGCAGGAGAGCCAGCUGAGGAAUGAAGUGGCCAUACUGCAGAGUUUACGUCAUCUGGGCAUUGUGAACCUGGAGUGUAUGUUUGAGACCCCAGAGAAAGUGUUUGUGGUGAUGGAAAAGCUACAUGGUGACAUGCUGGAGAUGAUCCUCUCCAGUGAGAAAGGCAGAUUGCCUGAGAGACUCACUAAGUUCCUCAUUACACAGAUUCUUGCAGCUCUGAGACAUCUACACUUUAAAAACAUUGUUCACUGUGACCUGAAACCAGAGAACGUGCUGCUUGCCUCCGCUGAUCCCUUCCCCCAGGUGAAGUUGUGUGACUUUGGCUUUGCCCGUAUCAUUGGUGAGAAGUCUUUUCGUCGCUCGGUGGUUGGUACCCCUGCCUACCUGGCCCCCGAGGUUCUGCUGAACCAGGGCUAUAACCGCUCAUUGGACAUGUGGUCGGUAGGCGUCAUUAUGUAUGUCAGCCUGAGUGGGACGUUCCCAUUUAAUGAGGAUGAAGACAUCAACGACCAGAUCCACAACGCAGCCUUCAUGUACCCUCCCAACCCCUGGAAACAGAUCUCCAGUGAUGCAAUCGACUUGAUCAACAACCUGCUGCAAGUUAAGAUGAGGAAACGCUAUAGCGUGGACAAGAGUCUCAGCCAUGCAUAUUUACAGGACUAUCAGACAUGGCUGGAUCUGCGGGAACUGGAGACUAAACUCAGUGAGCGCUACAUCACCCAUGAGAGUGAUGACAGCCGCUGGCAAAUGUUUGCCCGUGAACAUACUCUGCCUUACCCCGCUCACCUUGUCCCUCCGCCUCCUGCGCCGGGCUCUGAUGAUGAGGAGGGUGGGGAGGAUGCAGAUGUGCAAGGACUCACUGAGAGGGUCAGUAUCCUCUGACCAGAGAGAGAAAGACGCCUAAAGAUCAUUUAGGAAGGAGGAAAGAAGGGAGAGAGAGAAAGUGAAGGUCUAAUAGGUUCUAAUAAGAAUAGUGUCCAGCAGUUUAGACAUUCACAGCACAACAUCCGCUUCGUGCCAGCACUCAAUUUUAGAAAAAAAAAUCCCAUUUCUCGCUUCCAGGCUGAGGUCAUCAAAACUUCCUUCUAACCAUUUACCUCUGCUGUGAUUGAUCCUCUUUCAUCUUUUUGAAAUGUUGAACUCUUUCGUGAUGCGGACUGCUUGACUCUAUUUCACACCCUCUGUCUGGCUGACCUUUGCACAUAAAAUUGGAGUUAAACUUUAAACCAUAACUCUCCAGACAAAUAAAAAAACCCCAAAAAAACGGAACAGUCUUUUCUUCUCACCGCAAAACACUUAAAAUUGAAACAGGAAAUAAUAGUUUGCCCUAGGUGAUCAGUGUAAGAAUUUAGCUAGGAGAUAUAUUUAAAAUGAAACCUCCUCCCAUUAAAAGAAGUAACAUUUGUUUUUAGAUUCAUUUAAUUAGACUGACUGGAAUUAGAGUCCCUCUUAUGUCUUCAGUGAAAACAGGUUCAAUCUCUUUUCAGUGGUGGAGUGCUUUACAGUGGCAAAAGACUUCAUCUGUGCUGGUAAUUACUAAUGUGCAGGGAUGGCGUCGAACCCAUCUGUAUUCACAAAUGCAUUACCAUAAAUGUGUCAUGUCCUGUACUGAAAACUGGAAGUAUUGAUCUGGUGACAGCAAAUCCUCCAGUAAUUAGCACUAGAGUUUUGAACCACAAUAGACUCUUAGAAAAAAAUAUGUGAUUGAAGCUGACAUUGCGGGUUUAAAUGAACUCUCUCUUUGGGGCUGUUUGUCACCUGCCAUGACUAGACAGUUUUUUAACAGUCAUGUAAGACAUAUCUACCUGCAGCUGGCAUAUUAUACAUAUUAUACAACAUUAGCCUCAAUAGCUGUUCCUGAAUGGUGAAAAUUGCUUACAUUGUUUUGGGACGCCCAAUUUCACCCAUCUCUGAAGUUUAGCAGUUUUGUAUUUAAGUGGUGAAUAACAUGUCCUCACAGAUACCUGUAUAUAAGAUUCACAUACUGUCACUGAAGAAAAAUAGAUGGACAUCUCUUCUAGCAAGAGCAAACCUCUCCCUAUGAUGUAAGUGCAUGGAUGGACAGCUUGGGUAACUAAACUAGAUUUUGGAGAGAGUAUGUAGUUCAGUUAUUGACUACAUGUCAUGUUAAUAUGUUGCAUGUUUCUGUGAAGUAGAAUUAUUUAGAUACGAUAUGAAACAUACUGUAGUUAUGAUGCUCUAUUAUAAACAUGUGUAACCUGAACUUUAUGUAGUUGUCAAAUAUAGGUAGAUGGUGUGUAACAUGUUUGAAGGAUGAUCCUAGCCUUUGUAACAUAUAAUACAAACCUUGAACAAUA